UGGGCGGUAAUGGGUUGCAACAAACAAUGAAAGGAACUAUCCGAACGAUACGGCCUAACACAAACACAAUUCAGUCUAUUGUCAUCGUCCAAACAAUCAGCAUGUUGUUCGCAAUUCUCCUGGUGGCCUUUUUCAUUUACCUGUUUCAGAAGUGGACCUACACCCACUGGAAACGCCGCGGAAUUCCCCAGCUGUGUCCUCGGUUCCCACUUGGGGAAGUAGCCGACACAAUCCGUCAACGAACAUCCUACUCGAAUCGCGUCGCCGAACUCCACCAUCAAGCCGUCCGCGAUGGCCACCGCUUCGUUGGAAUAUACACCCUCUGUCAGCCGGUUCUGCUGGUCACGGACGUUAAUCUGGUCAGGCGCAUCCUCACCGUGGAUUUUGAGUACUUUGCCGAUCGCGGAGCGCACAUAAACGAAACACGAAAUCCGUUGAGUGGCCACCUGAUCUAUCUGACCGGCGACAAGUGGCGGCAGAUGCGACAGAAACUGAGCCCGGCUUUUAGCACGGCUAAGCUCAACGAGUUGUUCCCGACGAUGAUGACCUGCGGUCGGACGCUUACGGCGGUGAUCGAUAAGAUCAGAGGUCGAUCGGUACCGCUGCACGAUCUGAUGGCCCGAUUCACCGUGGACGUGCUCGCUUCGAUUGGGUUCGGCGUGGAGUGCAACAGUAUGUGGAAUCCGGACGAACCGUUUCGACAGAUGGGGGCUAGGUCGUUCUUGAAGAGUUGGAAGACUUCGCUGCGGAUGUUGUUGGCAUUCGUGGCACCGAGAUUUUUGCAGUUGAAGCUGAUCGACGGCGACGUCGAAGAAUAUAUGCGGUGCUUGGUGAGGGAUGCGAUCGCUCGUAGGGAAGCCGGCGAAGUGAGGAGGGAUUUCAUGCAGAUGUUGGUGCAGUUAAGGAAUCAGGUGCAACUGGAAGAUGGCGGCAGUUGGGAAAUGAGCAAUGUUGAUCAGAACAAAGCGUUCACCGUGGAGGAGAUGGCUGCGCAGUCGUUUGUGUUUCUGAAUGGUGGGUAUGACACCAUCUCGUCAACGUUAACAUUUUGCAUGUUUGAACUGUGCCGUAAUGAGAGUCUCUUGAGAAGAAUACACGAGGAAAUCGUCGGAGUGUUGGCAGAUGACAGAGCGCUCUGCUAUGAAGCACUGGAAGAGAUGACAUUCCUGGAGAGCUGCAUCGAUGAAACCUUGAGGAAGUAUCCGAUCUCCCCCGUGCUGUUCAGAGUUUGCACGAAGGCUUACCAAAUCCCUGACUCGGAUGUUGUGGUGGAGAAAGGAACUUUGGUGCAGAUCUCGCUUGUUGGGCUACAGCGUGACCCGAGAUACUACGAGGACCCAUUGAAGUUCGACCCAGAACGUUAUGGCGAGCGAAGAGCGGAAACGAUGCCUCACUUCAGUUUUGGAGAUGGUCCGAGGGUCUGUCCAGGUCAACAAAUGAGCAAGGCUAUGAUCAAAAUGGCCCUGGUGCAGAUGCUGGCCGAUCAUGAUUGUAGGCUGGAGGCUCCGGCGACGAUGAUCGGUGAACUUGAACUGGACCCGUCACUGCUGACGCUUCAGCCAAAAAAGGACGUCCUUGUGGUUCCCUUUCGGCGAGUUGUAAUAAAUAUUCCUGUGUUAGAGGAUAUAAUAGAACAGCAACAGAAUCAACAAAAUCAAAAUAAUUGAAACAAUAAAAAUACGCUGCCUAACAAAUCGUGACACGAGGCUGUAAA